AUGAGGAGAUGCAGGCGCAGUGUGAUUGUCCAUAAGGAAGGUGUGGACAACAUCUAUGUGGAUAGGUGGAGGUGGUUGCGUAGAGGUGGUGGUUAUGGGGAAGACGGUGGUGGAAAACGUGAAAGUGUAUACUGUGGAGGUGGUGGUGGUGGUGGUGGUGGAGGAGUAGAAGGUGGCAACCGGUGUGGUGGUGGUGGAAGAGGAGGAGGAGGUGGCAGUUGCGGUGGAGUUGGUGGUGCAUACCGCAGCAGAGGAGGUUGUGGUUAUGGAGAAGGUGGUGGUUAUGGGGAAGGCGGUGGUGGAAGACGUGAAAUUGGAUACCAUGGAGGUGGUUGCGGUGGAGGUCGUGGUAGAGGUAGUGGUGGACACUGUAGUAGAGGAGGUGGUGGUUAUGGAGAAGGUGGUGGUGGAAGACGUGAGUGUGGAUACAAGAGGUAG